AUGCAGGAGUGGGGUGGUGGUCUACAACGACUUUGUGAAGAGCUUCCCCUGUCGUUAGAUGGUGUUGAUGAUGAACGGGGGGGUGAGAAAGUGGCUAACAUCAGAAUGGCCAUUGCUGCUCAGUGGGCCAGGACCAUUGACAUGGCUCGGUCUCAUGGACCGGAAAGCAUCAUCAUCCAGGAGAGAGUUUCGGAAAUGAACACCAUUCUUCAGGGUUUGAUGAAGGACUAUGCGCAAGUUCUUUCCUUUGCCCCCGACCCUGACCUGUCAACAGCAGCUGGGCCCACAGUCAUGGAGAAUGAGAAGGUUGGAAGUCCCAGUGAGUCUUCUACGACUGAAUCACCUUCUUCUGAAAACCAAGUGCCUUUUGACUUCAAGUUCAUACAAGUCGGUGAUGAUGUUUGGACUGUUCUUCAGGUGGCCCAUAGUGGAGAUGCAGCGGAUGGCUAUGUUCUCUUCUUCAGUUGUUCGGAAUGGUGGCGAUUCAAGACACCCUUCUAUGCUUGGUUCAGCCGGUCGUAUGAGUCUAUGAUGUUACCGCUGCUCUGGGAUUGGGGCUUUACCAAUGGCCAUGUUGGACGACGGUCGGGGUAUCGUGGUUCGGUGAAAAACCUUCGGUCAUGCUUUCCCUUGGAUGUGACCACACUUCCUGCUUUGGUGUCUGCCUUGGCCAUUUUGCUUGCGGGGAAGGGCUUAGCUAGGCCCUUGCUGGAGUGCGCCUACAAGAUUUUCAAGGGCUUGGGUGAUGCUGCCUUGAUCACGGAAACAUUUCGCUUGCUUCCCAACGAAGAGGCUUGCUGGAUUGAAGUGGUGAAUGGCGAGUUCACCAAAUCAGAGCUGAAACUUGUGCUAUCAACUGUUGAUGUCGGAUUUCCAAGGUUCAAAAAGCGCUCUUUUGCGGACUUCGAUCAGACAAUUGAUUUGGCGAACUUUGUCAUGACAUGCCUGCUCCUGGCCCCUGAAAAUUCUGACAACCGACCGUUCAACCGUAUGGUGAAAAGACUCGUACACCUCUGGUGCCAGUGCACAGAAAAUUCCUUGAUCGAUGGAGACAUUCUUCAAAGUGAGUGUCCGGAUCCGAGCCUCCGCAGCAAGAUUCACCCGUUUAUGCGUGCCUCCAGGCGCAAGGGGAAUCCUUGUGUCCGACAAGCUCUUUGCAAGCAGUUCUUGGCGCGUGGCGGUGGCUAUGUGACCACACGCCAUGAAGUAUCCUUGAAGCGUUUGGGGAUAGUUGGUGAAAGGUCAGCACUAGCCAACCUAGCCAGCACGGAGUUCGUGGCUCGACAGCUCCAGAUGUGUAGCGUUUGGAUUGAGAAGCACUUGGCUGCAACGGAGACAAAGAAGUAUGGCUUCAAGGUGAUCAACUUUACACUGGAUGAAAGCAGGGUCUGUCAACAACAGGUACUGCCAAUCCUCUUGAAGAUUGGCGGGCGGUUGAUUCCGGCCCCUACUCAGUUGGUGCCGGAAAGUGGCUCGGGCAUGGACGCUGGGAAGGUGCUUGACAGCCUGUCCGCUGCCUUGAAAGGAUGUAUACCAGACCCUGGUGCCAAGUUGCUGACGACUUCUGAAACAUGGGGACAUCGGGAGUACAGACAGACCACCAAAAACCUUUUGCUUGCUCUUGGGAAUGCGCUGGUUUACUUACUCCCCGCUGGCUUCAAAAUGAAUCACUGCAAACCUGCCAACCUCUUGCAUCCUCGUGGUUCAUGUGCUCGGGAGAAGUUGAUCAAAGAGGAGCUCCUCCUUCUGACCCAUGGCAUGGAAUGUGAGCGUUCAUGUCACUUCUUGUGGUCUGAAGAUGCUGACAAGAUUUGCCGAGUCCCUGACUUCUAUCUGGACCCUAAGGCCUUUUACAGAUUGACUUUCAGUGGCGACGAGGGAACUGAUGUCUUCUUGAUGUUUCAGCACCUGGCCCACACUGGUAACUGGAUAUGUUUCUGGCCGGAUCUUCCCCACAAAUUCCAACGAAAGCAAGCUAUGGCAUUGGCAUCCGACAGCAUGGCCAAGACGAAGUUGAAGCAGUUCAUGAAGGUUUUCCGCUCAAACAGGGCUCCAUUUGCCACGUCCCGUUUUGGAAAAGCUUUGAAGGAGUCCAAACAGCGGUUGAUUGAUGAAUUGAAAAGGAACCCUGACCAUGAAAUUCUGGAAAUGUUCAUGCCCGGCAUCGCUCGAGAUUUGGGAUGUGACCCUGCCAGCUUCACAGCUUCCCAAGCCAUCUGUGCAUUGGCACACCGGGCUAGUUCAUUCCACGUCCAGAGCACGGAAUGCAAAGAUGUCAGGUGGGGUGCAUGGAUUGACCAUGCCCAAGCUUGGGAUCGGGCUUGGCAUGUAGAAACAAUGGUCAUGCUGUAUGCCAUGUGGGAGGCUGGCGACAACCCUUGGACAGGCACAUUGGCCACUUCGGAGGAUGCUACCGAUGAGCGGUCCUACUCGAUCAAAAAGAUUCGCUGGCAGGUACUGAGUGAUGACCAGAACCAAAACUAUAUGCGAUCCAUGAUCAGCAUUUUCAAGCAAGCCCGAAUCUUUGUCGGAAAGUUUGUCUCGGACGUGCAGAACCAGGACGAGGCUUCACUCGUGCAUGCCAUGGACUUGGCAAGUGGGAAACGCGUGCGGAGGAUCAUGGUGAAAACCCUGGCUGAAUCUUUCACAUGGGAAAGUUUGGACUACAUUGGUGCCAUAGGUGGUGAUGAGGAUGCUGAAGACAUUCGCGGUUUCCACAGCUCCUUACUGCUUGCACAUCUGGGGUACUUGAAUGAAGUCCACCAGUACCACAUAUCGUUUCCUUGGAAGAUAAUCUUGGCCACGCAACCAUGCUAUCGAGAAGACCUGAUGACGGAAAUGCAAUCCUUGUGGUCGUUCAUCACGGAAAACAUUGACACAUUGUCUCCAAAGUCCACUCUGCACAAAGCAUGCUCCUGGACCCGUGCUCAAUGCUUUCGGGAAGUCUUUGUGGUGGCUGAGUCCAACAACUUUGAUGCUCGCUUGGCUUCGCGUGAUGACUACUGGUUGUCAGUGAUCCACUCUGUAUGUGGCAUCACCCAUGAGCUGUUUGGAUCCCUUCUGACAUCAGUGCCGUGCGAGAUGACAUUCAACGAUUUGCGAGAUGCGUGCCGGAGGUUCUCCAAGCAAGAGGUCACCACUCCAGUCAACAUCCACUCCAUUGUUGCGAGGUCGUGCAGCAGGAGAAUUGCUGGAGUUGAUACUUUGAUCCCUGAAAGCUCCGAUUGGUCUCGACCUUUGCCCGGAAAAACAGUGAAGAAGCAAGUGUUUGAUUCUUCCAGGUGUACCGACCUUUCACUUGGAUUGAACUCAAGCGGAUUGACCAGGAAGAAAGCGGAUGGUGACCUGACGAAGCCUCACAUUUUCAGCUACCGUUUGCAGUUGCUACGUGUUCUGCAUGAGGUUUGGUUGGAGGACACCAACCAUGAGAAUUUCAAUGUGGAGAUGGUUUUCAAGAAGCUUUGGAAAUGCGGAUUGCUGAGCACAGGCGUUGUCUUCAGGUUCUGCGCAGGACCCAGAAAGUCUGACCAAAUCUUCAUGACCCUCGUUGCAGGUCCUUACGCCAUCACUGCUCUCCAGAUGGACUUCCUUGACUUCCAAGAUGAUGAACAUGCGCUGACCCUCCUGGCUCUUGAUCGUGCCCGGGUGGUGGAAAUCCCCUUGACUGACAUCUCAGAGCUUGAGGUAGCCGUUACUCAGCCCAUUGCCCUGGCAGGUUGUCGUCGACUGGGGUGGAAAAUGCAGGGAGACUGGAUGACCAUUUCCACUUUUGUCGCCUACCACGGUAUCUACGGCAUCAAGUCAGGCUUGCUGUAUGCACUGUGCAGUGAUUUGCACCUCCGUGGCCACCAAAAGCUCGAUCACAAACGACGGGCGGAGCUUUUCAUGAAACACGUGGGAUCUCCCCAAGAUCAUAUCUCCUCUGUUUUGGAAAGUCUCCCUCAGAAAGUUCCAAGGAAAAGAUGCAAGGAUCUGGGUUGA